CCCACCAAUCAAAGAAUGUGCCUUUUUACUUCCGGAGUUUGAAUCAGCUGACAUAAAAACAACCACCAUGCGAUUUCGUUUCUGUGGCGAUUUGGAUUGCCCGGACUGGGUUCUUGCGGAGAUCAGCACGUUGGCGAAAAUUUCAAGUGUAAAGAUGAAACUCCUCUGUGCUCAAGUACUGAAAGAUCUGCUUGAAGAGGGCAUUGAUUAUGAAAAGGUUUCAAAGCUCACUGCAGAUGCAAAGUUUGAGAGUGGGGACAUCAAAGCCAGCGUUGCAGUGCUCAGCUUCAUUCUAUCCAGUGCAGCAAAACACAACGUUGAGAGUGAAAGUCUAUCAAGUGAGCUCCAGCAACUAGGCCUGCCAAAAGAGCACACAUCAGGCCUUUGUAAAUCCUAUGAAGACAAGCACAGUGCACUGCAGGACAAACUUCGUGAGAAGAGCCUUAGAUUGAGCCGACUGAACUCCGUGUCCUGGCGGGUGGACUGCAUACUCAGCUCCAGUGAGCUGAAGGAGGUCAACGAGCCAACUGUGCAUCUCAAACUGCAGGCGCAGGGAGCAGAGUCCGGCUCUGCAGAGACCACUGUUGUGUCGGUUUCUGCUGAGAAGUUCAGGGUCUUGCUUACAGAGCUAAAACAAGCACAAGCUAUGAUGAAUGCACUACAAUGAAGAAAGAUUGCCUGAAAUAUUGGAUACAAUUUCAUUAUAUCCAUUAAUAAUGAAUGAUCAUCUUUUGUUCAUAAAUUGCAAAUUGUAUUCUUCUCUUUGCCAUUAUUGCCUAUCUCUGUCAAUUGUCAGUCAUUUCAUGCUUGAACUAACAUUGUAAAUGUUUUUUUUUAAUUAAUAUUUGACAUUUGAAAAUAAAACUAUGCUUACAGUU